GAACUUGAGUAUUCUCCAAUCUAAUAAGAAAUAUUUUUGCAUUUUAAUUUUUUUAACAAAAAGCGAUUUCUCCUCUUGUUCAGCGUGCCUUAGAUUACCCUAAGCGUAUACACCGGAAUAGAGACACCAGUUGCAUCAUUUAUUUCAUGGUCAGGGCAUAGUUUCCACAGAAAGAUAAGGACACAGACAACAUAAGGCUCAUAGUGUAGCUUAAAGCUGAUAACCAAUCAAGAUGGCUAACUUGCACUCUUCUAACCACUGGGAGUGGAGUGUACUAUGAUAACAUAGACAAUGCCAACAGAAGAUGUGGUCACAUAGUGGAAUGUUACGACAAAUUCUGAAAAUCCAUUAUAAUGGCAAAUUUUGGAACUUUGCAGGGACUUGACCAUGUGAUUUGGAACUAGAAAGUUAAGAAAUUAUUCUAAAUACCCUUUUGAACUAUAAAGAUAAGAAAGUGAACAAGGUGAACAGUAAAAUGUGGGAAAUUGACAUAGUGAUGAUCAGUGACCUGUAGGAAUAUCACAAAGAAAAUGGCAUAUCCAGGACAGAAUGGGAGUGCUGGGCAACUUCCCUUGUUUAUUGGAUUAUCCCCUGCAUCUGGGCAUCCAGUUAACCCACCAGAACUUAGUCUACAAAUUCCCCAAGAGAGUGUUUUGCCAGUGCUAAACCCUGCCAUCCAAGGCAGUUUAGAAACAAGCCUUUUCCCAGGACUUGGGAAAAGCCCGCUAGGCGCCCAGACUCAUUAUGGAGCUCCUAUUCCUGUGAUGGCUGUGGCACCGUUCCAACCAAAGAGCAGUACCCCACCUACACCUACUGUCCCAUCGAAAUCAUUAAAAGGCCAAGGACUGUGUUUAAGCAGCACAGACAUUCUAAAUGUGCCAUCUCAGAAUGCAAUAUACUCCCCACCUGGUAAUAUGCCUGUCCAUGUUGCUCAAAUGACUCAAUAUUCCUCCUUCUCAUCAUCAUCUAGUCAUACCAGUAACAUAUCCCAGCCUACGCCAUAUCUUGGACCACUGCAGUGUAUUGGAAGUCAGUCUUCAUCAGCGGCUCAAUCAACACCACCAAUAAUCUCGCCAAGAUCUCACAAUUCAACUGCUACAAUGCCGGGACCACCCCCAUUACAAAGAAUGGCGCCUGGAAACGCUACCUCACCAAAGAUUCACCAAGAUUUAAUACCGAUUUUGCCAGCACCGAAGAUUCAACAAGAAAUCUUCACGUCUUGUUUUAAUCUUCCGAACCCCAACGAUUCUCCAUCAAAACUUGUAAGUUCUAGUAGAGUAUCAGCACCAGGUUCAGAAAUGAAAACUCCAAUGGUGGCGGAUAUGGUAACUCCUUUCAGAUCACCAAGUUUAGGGCAGAAAGUUUCUAGUAACUUAAUGGAAAUACGUAAUCGCUCUUGGGAUCCGCAAUUAAGAAUAGAAAAUGUUUACAGCAAAAGAUUAACUUUGUUUGAAAUACUGCUUGUGAUAGAAAAGAAGGGACUAGAAACAUUUAUUGCAAGUUAUGAACCUGUGAACAAAGAUUUCAGUAGAGCAAUGACAAUGUACAGAAGCUGUAAGCUGCAUAAUGUGACUGGAGUUAAGGCAAAUAUUACUGAAAAGUUCUAUGAAAGUUUGGUGUCUUCCCAUAUUUCUGUGUAUGAAGUGCAAGUAUUCAAAGAAAAGGUUAAAGAUACUCAAAGCGCGUACCAAAAAAAGCAGCUGAAGUCACCAACUCUUGCCUGGGAGAAAUGGAUACCGCCUAAAGAUCUCUUGAAGGAAAAAGUUACAGCAACACCAGACAAGAGCAGUGGUUGGAGAACAGAGAAAGUCCCAGUAAAUAAUAUUGACACAAACCCUUCUGUGCACAUUAUUUCCAAAUGUCAUGGAGUGAGUGAAGGUAUGUCUACCAUUGAGGCUAGAUCAGUUCAGGAUUCCACAUUCGGUAAUGCUGCCGGAGCUCCUAGUGAAAUUGAAAUGAUACAAAAAGCUUUUAGUUUAAAUGUUGGCAAUACUGAAUUAAACGUUGAAAAAACACAAGUAAAUGUUGGCAAAACCCAUUUAAGUGUCAGCAAUACACAAAUGCAUUUAGGCAAUCCACUCAUGACUGUUGGCAAAACACAAGAUACUUUUCAGCCAAAAAGAGGCAGAGGAAGGAGGAAGAGACUUGCGGGAAGUGUGAAUACUCAGAACCAGAUGGAAAUCCCAGGAAAUACACAGUUGGUACCUAGUUUGCCUGAGAGUGAGCGGAUUAAGCAGGCAUUUGUGUUGCACCCAAGUACUACUAGUGCAAACAGUAGGGCUCCAGCAAAACCAAUAGAAACAACACAGUGUAAAACCACAGAGCAGGUAUCUAGGAAGAAAGGAACAAGUAAUAAUUCAAAACCACCUGCUGAAGUAACCAUUGAUUUAACGGAGGAAGAAAAUACUCAACAGGCAAUUGAAGAAAAUAUCCAACACCUGAUUGAAGAAAAUGCUGAAAAGAUAAAUACUGAAACAUCAUCUGUAAAAGGAAAAGAUAAAGAUAUAGAAUUAGAGAAAUCUAACCUAUGUGGUGAAGAAAAUGGCAAUAGAAGCAUUUCGUAUGAACCAGAGCUUGUACAAAUAGAUUUGAAUACUUGCUAUCUCUGUGGUGAAAUGUUCAGAGAUUCUCCUGAAUCAAGGUGUAUAUGGGCUCACAUCCGUGAAAAACAUGUUCCUGAAAAUAAACUAAAAGAGAUUAAUGACAAUGUUUUGUUCUGCACACACUGUUUCAAAGAGGCUCCCGACUUUGGUGCAUUGGAAAAGCAUGAAAGAGAAGUACAUUUGCUGGAUAAACAUUGUUUCUUCUGUGGUUUAUCUAUCCCGGGAACCUUUUCCAUUAUUAACCAAGAGGAUACUGAAUAUUGGAAGCAUGUUAUCCAAUGCCAUUGCAUCUUACAAGUAUGUGGAAACUGUGACGGAAAAUUCACAACAUUGAAUGGAUUUCAUGAACAUUGUAAAGAAAGUGGUCACAAUCCUGGCAAAACAGACAGUACACAGGGUAAUUUUUUAAUUUGUCCAUUUUGCCAGAUAAAGUAUGUUUCUAGGAAAUCUUUGGUUUGCCACUUGUCAACAAUUCAUUUGUUAGAAGAUAAACCUGAUAAAGACAGUCUGUUCAAUACAAAAUAUAAAUGCAUUGCCUGUGAAUCAAAUUUCUUAACUCAGGAAGCGUUAGAUUUCCACUUAAGUCUGACUGCCAAAGAUGUUGCAAAAGCCCCAGUAUGCGAAGAGAAAACAGUUCUGCAGUUUGCGAAUGCGGUAGUAACAAAGCGUUUGGAAGAUAAGGAAUCCGAGAAAGCAAGGAAGAUGGCAAAGUUUGCUGAAAAGGAAGCAAAGAGGGAGUCAGAGAGACGAGCUGCUGCUGUAAAAAAGACGGAAAGUCAAAAAUACAAAAGAAAAAAUCUAACAUUGAAAGAGCAGAAAGUGAAUUUGGCAAACAAUGUUGUAGAUAAGGGGGAAAAGGGCAAAACAAUGAGAUUUACGUCUGUACUUACAUCAGAAAACAAUGCGAAAAAAACGACGAAGACAAGCAAUAUACCAAAGAAGUACACAGAGGAGGAUCGAUUGAAAAGGUACUCAAUAAUGUUUGACUGUUUUCUGAAAAUUUUGUCUUCAUGUAUGCUGAAAGAAUCGCCGCCAAUUUCGGACAAAUUGAAUGCAAAGACAUUUUUGCAGGCCGUUCAGUAUGUUGAUACAAGUGUUGAUGUGAAUGAGGUGGACUCGUCUUUUGACUGUAUGAUGGAUGAGGUGUUCUGUGUAGUGAAUAAGGGGAAAAUGGCAUUCAGCUUCAAGUACAGUUUGUGUGCAUCAUGUUAUGGGUGCAUGAUUGACUUUGAAGCAUUUCCAACUGCAGACAUUUUCAAGAAGGCCAUGGGAAUCAUAGUUGAACGGGCUGCGAUUGAAGUUCUCCAGAUUGACCCGACUGGUUCAAGGCUUUCUAAUGCGGAAUACUUUCUUCAGGUUUGCCUCGUUGUAAGCCGCACAUAUGGUGUCUCAAAAGAUUUGAAAAAGCUUGGAAUUCCUCAUCUUGAAAUGUCCAAUGCCUUGAUGAGGAACAUUAACCAUGUAAAAAAACAACUGAACUUGGAAAUAACGGUUUAUGACUCAACAAUUGUGGACCCUUAUACUGAUAGAAGAACAAAACCAAUAGAGAUAGAACCAAAUGUUGAUGCAAGCUUCCAACAUCUAGAUUAUGAACCAUUCGAAAUACCAGAAAACAUCAAGGGUGACAAACACAAAUAUCGCCAAUUUGUGAUAAAGCAUGUGGCUUCCCAAAUGUUCAUGAUGCUUAGAGCUAAUCCAGAUCUGAUGAAAUCCAAGACAUUCUUGCAGGCAGUGCAGCUAAUUGACAAGACUGUGGAUUAUAAUGAAGUAGAACAUUCAUUCCAUGAUGUAAUGGAUCACAUGGUUUGGACAGUGAAUGCUGCAGGGCAAGAUUACAUUUUUACAUACAGUCUCUGUGCCGUUUCUUAUUACUGCAGGAUAGACUUCACAAAAGUGUCAUCUGUUGAAAUCCUGAAGAAGAUAGUUCAGGUAAUAUACCACCAAACUGUAAUGGUAGUAUUUGAAGGUGAUAAUUUCAGUUCUGUGUUAGAAAAUGUGGUUGAAAUGCUGCAACUAUGUUUCAUCGUCAGUCGUUCAGAUGAUGUGCACAACCAAUUCAAUCAGAUGGGAAUUGCACCUUUGGAAAUGUCAGAAGAAAUACUUACAAGUAUCAAAGAACUCCAAUUGAAAUUAAAAUUGAACAAAGUAGGUAUCUACGACCCAAGGAAAGAUAUAACAAUGCCAUCGUUGUACAAGUUUUCUGCUGCGCUUCCACAACAUGAAAGACAACAGCUUCUGUUACCAUCAGCACAGAUUUCAAUGGGUUCUGUACAGCUUCACUCAAUGCCUGUUCUAGCUGUUCAGCCGUCACCUGUACAGAUGUUUUCUCAGAACACCCAAUUACAACACUUAGGUGUACCAGUUCAGUCUACUUUUGUACAAAUUCAGCAGGUCCCUGUUCAAAUGCAGCCUCCUGUUUUGCAGGUACAGCCACCAGCUUUUCAACUGUUUGCUGAGACACAGAUAUUGCAGAUUGAGAAUAAUGUAGAGCCACCAGUUUUACAUGCUCAGACACGUUUGCAGCAGAGUUGGAUAGAACCAGCUUCAAAGCCUGUAAAUCAAACAGAGAACUCGACUGCAAAAGUGAACAAGCAGGUUCCAUUUUCAAGAUUAAAAUACAAAUCUGUUAUCAAGAACUGGAGAAACAAGAAGAAGAAGCAUACAGACAAAGGGCAGAAAAGGGAACAGGUUGAAAAAGGAAAGAAAAAGGAACUGAAUGAGAAAGGACAGAAAAAGGAACAGGACGAGAAAGGUCAGAAAAAGGAAAAGUACAGAAAAAUUGCACCAAAAAUACAGGUUGACAAAGGAAAAAGAAAGGAACCGAAUGAAAAGAUUUCUCCCAAAGUGCGUGACAAGACACCAAGUGAAAUGUGUGAAUUCACACCGAGUAAAAUACUUAAUGUAACACCAGGUUAUGAAAAAAUGAAUGAAGGAAAAAAAUGCAAAAUUUUCGAUGAGAAAGAAAUUCAGGAAACAAGUCAAAAGAAGGAAGAUGAUGUAACGGAAAGCAAAUCAAAGAAAGGCAGAAGACAUAGGCGAAACUCAAGACAGGAAGGAAUGAAAGAGGCUUCAUCAGUUUAUAAAUAUUAUGCUGAACAUGCUAAGCAAUCUGGAGAAUAUGAUGAUUCUACUCCAAGAAAGAGUCUUCGGGAAAGAAAGAGUAGAAACUAUAAUGAGAACAAUGAGACAUUCUGGUAUUUCUCUGAUGAUGAUCUAGUAGGCGAGUUUGAUGGCCUCUUUGAACUUGAGGAUGAAGAAGAUAGAAACUGGAAACCUUCUGGUUGUGCAAGUAAACUCAAUGUGCAGCCUUCACUGGAUGGUAAUGAUUCAGAUACUAUCCCGGCAAUAGAAUCUGAUGUUGAGCUUCCAAAUAAAAGCGAUGAAUUUACCUCUGAUAACUUUGGGGAAGACGAAAGUGAGAAGAAUUUAGACAAAAGUGAGAAGCUUACAGAUAAAAGCGAGGAGUUGACAAGUAAAAGUGAGCAGUUUACAGAUAAAAGCGAGGAGUUGACAGGUGAAAGUGAGCAGUUUAUAGAUAAAAGCGUGAAGUUAACCGACAAAACUGAGAAAAUUACAGCUAAAAGUGUAAAGUUUACAGAUACAAUUGAGAAGAAUAAAGAAAACAGUGAGAAGCUUACACAUAACAGUGAAACACUUACUGAUAAAAGCGAGAAGUUCACAGACAAAAGUGAUCAGUCUAUAAAUGAAAGUGAUAAGUUUACUGAUAAAACUGAGAAGUUCACAUCAAUCACACAAAAGAGAAAGCGCAAAGAAGAUGAUAAAGAGAAUGAAAAGGAAGAUGGUAACAAAAGCAAGAGAACAAAAACUGAGAAAGAAGCUGAUUUUCCAAUUAACCAAAAGCAAGCCACCAAGGUGGCUCAAUCUUCAAAGUCUCAACACAGUUCUCCAAAGCGCAAAAGUGAAAAGAUAAGUCAAGAGUGGUGUAUAGAGUUCAAAAAGAGGCUUGUUGUGGAAGCAUUUGGCGCCCAAAGUGAGAGAAUUAGAAAACGACUGUUAAAAGAUGAUGAUGUGAAACAGAUGGUUUUUGAUGAUAGAAUAAAAUGCUGCUUUGUAAAAUUGAUUAAAAUUGAUGGCGGUUUUGAUGUCAUUGAAGGUUCAACCGCAGAUGAUGUGAAUGUGGCUGGGCCAAAACGGCGAGGUAGGGGCAGACCAAAGAAAAAAAGCUAUCAUGAAGUGCAUGAACAUGACAGAGUAGUGACUGACAAACCCAUGCACAUCAAUGAGGGUGACAAAAAAGUGAAUAAAGAACCAAUGAAGAUCAAUCAAGCUGAUAAAGAAGUGAUUGAAAACCCCAUGAAGAUCCAUGAAGUGGACAAUGCUGUAAAUGAAAAACCCAUGAAGAUAGUUGACAAAGAAAUGAGUGAGGAACCCGUGAAGAAAAAGAGAGGCAGAAAACCUAAGCAAGCUGUGCAAUCAUUGCAAGAAGGGGAAAAGAAUAAAGCAGAAGAAACGAAGAAAGAAAGAAAACUCUCACCAAAGUCUUCUUUACCCCUCGCUGACAUCAAGGCUUCUACAUCAAAUGGUGUAGAAACAAAUAUAUCUACUACAAGUUCAAAUGAAUUUGAUAUGAAAAAGGAGGAGUUGUAUGUUGACAUUACAAGUAGUACAAAGGAGAAGAAUCAGCAGGGACAACAUGCCAAACCCACAAGUAAUAUGAAAGUAAAGAAAAACCGAAAGCGACGUAGAAUAGCGAAAAGCAGUACUGAUAUGAAGAGCAUGUGCGAUGUGCCACCCAGUUUGAUAACAAAUUCACCUAACCCACCUCAACCCAAUCAACCAAUUCCACCAACAACUAGUCAACUGCUUAUCCCGUUUGCACAGCCAAGUUAUAGUCCAGUACAAACUGUUGCUAAUGGACAAUUACUUGUACCAAUACCUUCAAGUGCUUCCACAGUAUUAAAACAGCCAAGUUCAACGCUAAUCCAAGCACCUCUUAUUCAGAGUGUGUUGCCAAUGCCAGCAAAUCAUUCUCCAAAUCUAACUUUCCAAACAGGAAUUAUCCCAAUGGCUCAAAUGUCAGCCGCAAGUAAUGGUCAAAGUGCAGUUACUUCUGGUGUUGGGCAAAACAACUACAUUCAGAAACUUUCAAACAUAUUGCAAGCGCCAUCACAAGCUGUCACCACAACCGGGAAUAAUGUCAAUAACACGAACAUUGCCAACUUGACUACAAUGUCUGUCGUUCAGUCUAGCUCCAAUAGGACUAGAAGACGAGGAAGACCACCGAAACACAGACCAAUUCUUCCUGCUACAACAGCUGGUGGUAGUUUGCCAAUACCUCUUUUACCACUAACACAGUCAAAAACAGUGAUGUUAGCUCAGCCACAAACAUUGAUUAAUACAACAACCAUAUGUACAGGUUCAAGAAUGUCUGCAAGUCCAGCUAAAACAGAUCAGUUAAUAAGAAUAAACCCAUUGAUUAAUGUAAAAAAAGAAAAGCAUGACAAUAGCGAUGAUACCACCAAGACGGUUUCCGAAUCCUGUGUACCAAAUGAUGUAGAACAAUUGAGACAACAAUAUCUAACACAGUCCAUAACUGAAAGAUCUGACCCAAGUCUUCGAGGAAGCCCAGGAAAGGUUUGUUGGACGCCAGAGAAGAAACAGAUCAAUGAUCCAAAUCAGCAAGUUAAGAUAAACCCACUGAUAAACAUUAAGAAAGAACAUAUGGACAAGGGCUAUGAAAGUAUGCAACAAAAAGGACUCGAAGAAAAAAGUGGACAGAAUAGUGUGAGUAAAACAAAUAGACAAGGUGUCAGUGCUCCAUCUAGUUUGUCCACUGAGGGCAAUUUUGUAAUUACAAAAGCGAACAGUUCUUUGCCCACUAGUGGUAAAAAUAUACCUGUUAUGUUAUCCCUAGAUCAGCAAGUCAAGAUAAACCCACUGAUUAAUGUAAAGAAAGAACAUUUAGACAAUGGUUAUGAGGUAAGUCAACAAAAGGCACUUACUGGAGGUAAAAGCGAAACUGACAUGCGGAAAUGUAUUGAAAAAAGUGCAAUUUGUCAGCCAAUUUCGUCCACUUCGGGUAGUUCUGUAAAUACAACAGCAAACAAUUCUGUAGCAGCUAUCAGUCAAAACAAACCUGCAAUGCUUUCAUCAGAUCAGCAAGUCAAAAUAAAUCCUCUUAUAAACGUUAAGAAAGAACAUUUAGAAAAUGUUCACGACAGAAGUCGACAAACGGGACUUAGUGGAGAAUGUGACCAGCCCGGCAUAGGAAAAAUAAAUGGACAGAGUAAAAGUUCUCAGCCAGCAAUAACCAAUUCCACAAAAGCACGAAGUCAGAGCAAAUCUACGUCCAUUCAUGUAGAUCAACAAGUCAAGAUAAACCCACUUAUAAACAUAAAGAAAGAACAUUUAGACAAGGGCUAUGAGAAAAGUCAACAAAAUGGACUUGGUGGAGAAAAGGAUGGCCUGAGUGCAAGUUCUCAGCAAAUUUUGUCCACUACAGAAAAUACCUCACAUACAACACGAGCAAAUAUUUCUAUACCAUGUUGUCAGAGCAAUUCUGCAAUUCUUCCUCCAGAUCAGAUAAUCAAUAUAAAUCCACUUAUCAACGUUAAGAAGGAAAAGUAUGAUAAAGAGUAUGAGAAAAAUCAGCGGUCACUGCCUCAGCCUGCUGGAAAUGUUGGAGUUCAUUCGAGCCAGGAAAAAUCUAAUGCAGUUGCUACUUUUUCAAUGUCUGACGGUGCUUCUCACGCAAGCUUGUUACAAAUUCCUCAUUUAGUGAGCAGUGCCAAUAUAAAUACUUCAUCUGAAAUAAAACCAUGUGACUCAAGUCAGACAAAUCAAAUAAGUCAUGUUCAAAGCAGCAGUACAAUGUUCCUAAAUAAAAGUGUUUUAGGGAAUAAUGCCAAACAAAUGCACCAGCCUUACUCAAAUAUAAAAAUCAAUCCAUUGAUAAACAUAAAAAAGGAGAAACAUGAUAAAGGUUAUGAAAAACAAAGUCCACGAGCAGGACCUGCUUUCCAGGCAAAAGUCAACACACAAUUAAGUACCUCAUCAGUAGUGACUCAAUCAACCAAAAGCGUCCUUUCUCCAGUCGAAUUUGGAGUUAACUACCAAUCAAGAGAACUAAAUAUUGCUCAGGGAAAUUCUGGAAAGACUACACAGUCCCCGGCUCAGGCUAAAAAAUCUUAUGGGCCUCAAGUGGAUCAACAUGUGAAGAUAAAUCCACUUAUAAACAUUAAAAAAGAGAAGUAUGAUAAUGAAUACCAAACAAAUCGUCAACCAACAAAUGCAGUUCAACCGCUCCAUAAAGGGGUAUCUAUGUCAAGGAGUUCUAUACAAAGUCAAAGUAUUGUUUCUGAAUCAAGUCAUUCUCUUCAGUUGUCUAGUGGUUCAUCUGGGCAAAAAAACAGUACCACCGAAAGUAGGAAAAUACUUCCACCAGAAAAUAUUGUUAAGAUAAAUCCGCUGAUAAACAUUAAGAAAGAGAAACAUGAUGGUAGAUACAAGGAUAGACUGACAGCUAUUGGUUUGGGAAGACCAAGUAAAGCUAUGCUUCAAUCAACUCGAGCAUGUAUCCCAGUAAUGUCAGGAGGAAGAUCGUUGAAUGCAUCAUCCACAACUAGUGUUUCAACAACUUUCACUUCGUAUACACAACCAGUUUCCAAUUCAUCACCUAGCUGUACAUCUAAACAAGGUGACCACAGCCAAAUCAAAAUUAAUCCAUUGGUAAACAUAAAGAAAGAACAGCAUGAUGCAGGUUACAGACAAGCACAGAGUAAAUACACAGCACAGUCAAGGACGAGCCAGUCAACUACAAGUAAAGGCAUUGUGUCAGGUACAAGUAAUAUAUCACAACAAGCAAAGACUCUGCCAGAUCAACAAAUCAAGAUAAAUCCAUUGUUGAAUAUAAAGAAAGAACAUAUAGACCAACAGAACAAUAAAGCAAAUCCUAACUGUAGUGUGCAACCAUCAACUUUAAGUAGUCAAUCACGACCAAAGUUCAGUUUAGGUAACCAACACAAUGGCUAUCCUAGGUCACCAGUUGAAGCUAUGGGACAGGGUCAAAUGAUUGCACAUAUACCAAGACCCACCCAACCAGACCUAGCUCCACUUGGGGGUCCACUCUUUCCAAAACCAGCUCACACCCAGCAACUUGCUCACACUCAGGAUCCUCCACCAUGGCAACUAAACCAACCACCUCUUCAACCAUCUCUUUUUCAUUUACUGCAGCAGCAGCAACAACUGCUUCAGAAUCAUAUUCCAAAUGAGCAACCCCGUCAGUUUCCACAUCAACUUCUUGCCACUAAUCAGCAACAACAACAACAUCAGCGUCAGCAGCAACUUCAACCUGCUCAUCAACAUCAGCAACAACAACAGCAAAAUCAACGACAGCAACCUGCUCAUCAGCAUCAGCGGCAGCAACAGCAGCAUCAGCAACCACAACAACCGGCUCAUCAACAUCAGCAGCAACGACAGCCACCUCAUCAACAACAACAACCUGCUCAUCAGCAUCAGCAAUACUCACUACAACAGUUUACGCCUCGAGUGCAUGUACACCAAAAGGCGAAACAGUUUCCUCUUCCACCUGCCCAUCAGCCACAUGGACAGCUACAGCAUCAUCAGUAUCAACCACAGCAGCAGCUGUUUAGUCCAAGACAGCCACCACCAGCUCACCAGCCUCUUGAUGCACUCUCACAGAUGAUGGUCAGAUCCAGCGAGGUACAACAGCAGAUGCAAGGAUAUGGUGAAACGCCCCCUGGAGUGAGCCUUAGCCUUCCUCAGUCCCGACCACAGCACGCAUCUGCGCUGAUGAACCUUCAGGCUUUAUCCGGUAACCAGGCUCCUGUGCUACAGGCUUUGUCCGGUAACAAGCAACCUGCACACUCCCUCAAUCAGUUCCAAAUUCCACCAAUGACAUUAAGCAGUCAGUUUUCUCCACGGCGAUCUCAACAGCCAGUCAGCCAAUUGCAUCAAGCGUUUCGUUUGUCUCCAGGAAGUAGCCAAUCGCAGCCGAUCUUACAGUUAUCGCCAGGAAUUGACCAAUCGCAGCUGUUGUUUCAGCAGCCUGUUCAAACUAACCAAUUACCAAGCUUCUUACAAAAACAGGCAACUGGCCAAUCAAAUGCCUCCGUUCUUCCUCAGCAAGGCAAUAGCCAAUCACAGGAAGUGGACACAUUUCUAGAUGUACAAGCAAAACUGUUGUACCAGUUAUUUCAAUCUAAGUCACAGUGUCCAUAAACUUCAGGGUUUUAGAUGUAGUUUUGUAUUGUAUCCAAAGUUGAAUCAUAAUAUUAUAUUUCGUAGUUUUGUAUGUCAUGUUGUGUGAUAUGAAAUUUAAUAUUAUGUAUGAUGUGAAUACCGUGAACAUUUUAUACUAGACUAUUCAUUACUGAAUGUAUGCCAGCGUUUCAUCUAGAUUGGAAGGGAGAUAUUUCUUACAUACAUUUGGUAUUUAAGUAGGCCUGGUUAUUUUAAUUACUGGACUAUUUUAUAACAACUUUUAAAUGGAUAUUAAAACUUUUAUUUGAUACAUAUUAAACAUAUAUUUGUGGGUGAUAUUUUCCUACUACCUUUUUUUAGUACAGUCAUUUUCAUUUAAUGUACAAUAAGAAGUACGGUACCAUUUUAGAUUGGGCCAACAAUCUAAAUGAGCUAUCAUCAUGCCAGAAGUGUAUAUUGCUUGCACAUGUAGGUCGUUCGGCCAAACCUUGUCUAAUUAAUGACUAUAGAACGCUCGUUUUAAGUUUCAAGAUAUUAACUAAUGUCGUAUUAUUAUUAACAUAUUGGUGUAUCUGUAUAACUUGAGUUGUCCGUAUUGUAAACUUUAACAUGUUAAACUUGAAAGUAUAACACCCAUUGCGAAAUCUAUAACUGGUCAAUAAAUAUAAAUUCUAUCCUCAAAUUUGGAGGAAUGUUUGUCAUAGCCUUAAACAGACAUUUAAUGCGCAAUGACUAAUUGAUUGCCAUUGAGGACGGCAUACAUGUAUCAUAAAGCCCUCUUGUAUGGUAUUGAAGUCAUAGUAAGUGUCAUUGUUAAACAUGGUGUGUGAUUUCAUUUGAAAGAAGUCAAGAUAUUUGAAAAAUAGUAUAUUAGUGUUCUGUAAUAGAUAUCUUGAAUCUUGCAAUAUGUUUGUUGAUUUUCUGAAACGUAAUAUACAGUGCUAGUCAUUUAAAUUUAAGUUUGUGUAUAUUAUUUCUGUCUUCUCAUUCGUAAAUAGCUCAUUCUAUUUCUAGUUUUCACAAUUCAGUUUUCAUGUUAUAAAGGGGCUCAUUGUGUCUAUUGUCGCGUGUUCACAGUUAGCAUUCAUUAGGAAUGAAUAUGUGCUGUGCUAGUAUGUUUUCAUUCAUUAAAAAGAUAGUGUUAUCCUUCAAAAAUGAAUGUGUGCUUGUAUGUUUCCAUUCAUUGAAAAGAUAUGUUCUUAUUCAGAUAUGAUAGUACCCUGGUAGGUUAUCAUUCCGAAAUGAGUUGUGUUUUGUGCUUGUACAUGUAUGUUAUCAUUUAUUAUAAACUAAUAUGUACUGGUAUGAUAUCAUUCAUUAGAAAUAAGUGUGUGCUGGUAUGUUGUAUUGUUAUUUCAUGUAGUAUGUGUUAAUUUUGAUAAAAGCGUUUUACAAAUAAUUUUGUAGAGAUCUAUGUUUAUUCUGUGGAUCAGUACUCAAAACCUGUUCUUACUUUUACUUGUGGUUUUAGAUGUUUUCAGAAAUCCAUUCAUUGUUUCCGAAAAACGAAGUUUAGUAAGAGACUUUGAAAAAAUAAUAUGGUUAAUAAAAUUCGUUUCAUUUUGAUCAACGUUAGAAAUGCAAGUAUGUAAAGUAUGACAAAACGUUUAUGUUUGACACAAGUAUGCUAUAAUAACUAUCAGCUUGAUCUUGGCGUUUGCUCCGCGGCGCUCCUGCUAAUUUCUCAGCUUCUUUUAUAAAUGAACGGUUUUGGUAAAGUUUUGCAUACUGAUUAACUUACUUACAUUAAAAAUGUUUAUGUACAUUGAUAACGAAUUGUCAAUCAAAAGGUGCUGUUUUAAAAACUAAUCCAGGUCCUGAAACAGUUUAUUGUAUGUUAUAUAUGUAUAACAUGUUGUAUUCAGUCAACUUUUAAUGUUUGUAAUGUAUCAUGUUAUUAGAUAUCACUUAUGUAUGUAAUCUUAAUGAUUUUAAAUAUGUAUUAUUGUUUUAUGUUUUAAAUAUGUGGUGUUUUAACAGAUCUUGUACAUAAGUUUUACCAUGUGUUUUUGUUUUUAUUCAGUUUAAAAAUCCAAUGUUUUUGAUAAAAAAUAUAUAUUAUUGUUCAUAUUGUCAAUGACGAAAAGUUUUAAGAAAGUUCAUAAUGAUAACGAUAAUUGUUAUCAAAAUAAUGUGCAGAGUUUGAUUUAUUGCAAUAUCAUAUUUUUCAUUUUUGGCCAUGCAAACUUUCAACCUAAGGAAACCGUUAUUCAGAUUCAUGAUUCAUCCCAGUUAAUGUUACUUAAAGCAAAAAUUCAAUAACUGCAUAUAUAAAGAGAAGCAGAUAUGGAGUUCUUGCAUAAAGGUGGCGAAACUGUUAAUGUUACUUGAUAUCAUUCAACAUUAAAGGCAAUAUUUUAUUUUGAAUAUACGUGUUGUACAAACAUAUGCAUAUAUUGCUUUGUAAUUUAGAUUAAAAGUAUUUGUCCAGUGUGGUUUAAGAAUGAAGCUUUUACUUUUCAUGGCCAUUAAAAAUCAUUUAGAGUUAAACACUGUUCAAUUAAUCAACAAGUGUAAAAGCAUUUUGGUGGAAUUUUUUAAUACAAAGUAAAAGCUUGUUCAAGUCGAUGUUUUGAAAAAUUUCAUGCUUCAUGUGCAUAUAUUUGAUUUGCAGUUACUGCUUUAUCAUAUGUGUAUGUGUAAGCCGUGUCAGUUCGAACACAGGAAGUCUUUAAUUAGGUCGUGUGCGACAAACAAAUGAGCGACUCUAAACAAGCAGGAAUGGCACAGUUGGGCUUGAGACUAUUUACAGUUGUAAAAGUGUGUUGUUUGCCUGACUAUUUGCAUUACAUCAGUAGGAAGUACUUUGAAAUAAUUUUUAAAGACAUUGGAAACAAUUGAAAAAGAGGGUCUUAACCCCCUUUAUCCUGAUUUGGACAUGACUCCCUUAUACUCAAGACACCCUGUGCUACUUUUCAUGAUUCACAAUUAUGUGUUAGAACUCCCGUCUUAAGGUUCAAGUAAUAUGCUAAUAAAGAAACCUUAAAAAUAACAUUUCUUUGAAUAUCGGAUGAAUAACUUUUCUACAUAUUUUGUAGACAAGACAAUUCCAAUUCCAUAUGAUUUAUUUAGAAACUUUAAACCCAACGGUGUACACUGAAAUCAGAACGAUUUAGGUUUGGGGCUUUCAAGAACUAAAAAUUGCAAAAAAUAUAUGUUUCUCUUCAUUUGUUAUAAACCACACUGAAGUAUUGCCGAGAUCAUCUUUGCGUUUCAAACGAAUCGUUCAUUUUAUAUCUACAAUAUUUGCACAAUCAUAGUGGUGAAUUCUAAAAGGCAUUAUGCAGAAAGGAAUAUGCUAAUUUAAUGAACGUUUAUGUCUUAAAAACAAGCAAGGGCAUUUGGUAGGAGCCGAGCUUUAAUUAUUUAAAUCUUAGCAUCUUAGAACAUUUUGUAACUACAAUUAUGUAAUCGUUUCUAAAUUAAGUUUAUUCUUUUGCAUGAUUGUAUUUCCUGUUAGUUAUUAUCAUUUGACUUCAUUGUUGUCAACAGUUGUCGUUCACUUUCUAGCAAUAAAAGUUAUUUGACAUAA